AUGAAGUUCCUUACAUGGAAUGUUAGGGGCUGCAAUGCCCCUGACAAGAGACGUCUGAUCAAAAGAGGUUUUGAUCAGGCUAAGCCGAAAGUUAUUUGCAUUCAGGAAACAAAAUUGGGAAGAGAGGAUGCAGCUAGAGUUUUUGGUGUAAGACAGAGGUGGUUUGGUUUCUUUGUGGAAUCAGAAGGGGCUUCAGGAGGGCUUGGCAUUUUGUGGAAUCCAUUGGUUGUUCAGGUGGAUGUUGUCUCAUGCUCUAAACAUUGGCAGAUGGUAAAGGUGAAUUCAAAGAUCAUGAACUUCUCUUGUUUUCUUAUCAAUGUCUAUGGUCCCACUUUGGCUAUGGAGAAGUGUCGGUUAUGGGAGGAUAUUUCCAAGCUUUUAGAAGAGGUGAGGCCGACCUUAGCUAUUGUUGUUGGGGACUUCAACGCCACUCUUUCUUUCUCGGAAAAGCGUGGUGGGGUGAGAAGGAUGUGCAAGACGCAAUCAGACUUUCAGACAUUUGUGAACUUUGAUGCCCUCUUUGAAGUUGUUGCAAAAGGAGGGAGAUUUACUUGGACGAAUAGAAGGUGGGGCUUUUCCUAUAUUGCUGAGAAACUAGAUAGGUUCUUUCUUGCAGGGGAUUGGAACUUGGCCCCCUUGAUCUUCGAGGCAGAAGUUUUAGCAAUUUCAGGUUUAGAUCACUUCCCAGUCUCUUUGGUUGUGCAAAAAGAUGAAGUUUUGCUCCAGUGUCCUUUUAAGGUGGAAAAGAUGUGGUUAAGGGAACUUGGUUUUAGAGAUCAGGUGGUUGGCUGGUGGAAGGAGGCCCCAAUGCUGGAUGGCUUCUUGGCCUUUCAGUUCUUCAAGAAACUCAGUUAUGUAAAACAAAAACUAAAAUCAUGGAACAGGGAGGUGUUUGGCAAUAUCUUCGAUGAGAAGAGAAGGAUUGACGGGGAUUUGGGCGCUUUGAAUGCAAAAGUCUUAGCCGAAGGGAUGGAUGAAUUAGAUUAUCUCAUGGAGGAAGAUCUGCUUAGUAGAUACGGGGAAGUUUUGCAGAGGGAGAAGAUUUAUUGGAAACAAAAAUUGCGCGAGAACUGGCUUAAAGCCGAUGAUAGAAACACAAAUUUUUUUCAUAGUUCGGUGAAGGCAAGGAGGAGCCUCAAUAGAAUCCUUUCCCUAUGGCUAGCAAAUGGAACUUCAAUGGAGGACCCAAAUCGUAUUUGUAAGGAGGCGGUGGAUUUCUUUGGAAAUCUUUGGAGAAGGAACGAGGCUGGUCAGGCAGGUGUCGAGCUCGCAAGCCGAGCUUUUGGAGUUAAUUCCUCCCUUAGUGUCUAG